CCAAUGCAAGUUGUCUUUUCUAAUGUUCCUAUCACGUAUAUCGUAGCUACUGUUCCAUUGUAUCUCGAAUAAUGCAAUUACUCUAUGCACUAUAUGGGCACUCUCUCGAUCUUGUGGCCGUUUCUAGUUGUCCUUAAGCAUGCGCCCUUAACCCUCCGCUCGCCAAUCAUUCACUGAGUACAUAUGUACAGGAUACUAGGAUCGACUUUUCCAAGCUUACCCCACCUGCUUUCACUCGGUUCAUACAUGUAUGACCAGGUCGUUUGAAGUUACUCUAGUUUUUCCGAUCCGGCCAGGGCGCGCCUUCCAUUAGUUUCAACUCCUUCCCACCUCCAAGCUCACUCCCCUCAACCUCACCUCAUCCCACUUCACCUCACCUCACCUCGGGGUCUCUCUCUUUACCCCGUCUCUUCUCCCUCCAGUUCCACUACGCUCAGUUUCAUUACCUCUAAUUGUGUUGUCUUCACCCAGAAUCCACAUCGCGCGAUUCACCUUCGCCGUCAGUUACGCACACGAUGGACGACUCCGUUGCACCCAAAGAUACGGAUGCCGUCCCUGCCAACGCUCUUCAAAUCACGGUCGCAAACGAUGGAGAUUUUGUGGUUCAACUCGUCCCAGAAUCAAAGCCCCUCUUUGAGAAAGGCACCAACGCGCCGCCAAAGCGCACGCGUUUGGUACAGUUUCGUGUGUCUCGCGAAGUCUUGGAGCAGCAUUCGAGCUUCUUCCAAGGCAUCUUCAGCACCCGCCCUGACUUACACAUGGCUACUUUUGAGAAUCGCGGAAUCGGCUUCGGCUACGCUUUCGAGAUAUGGUUGCGUGCUAUACACGGUGGUGCCAAGUCACUGCCACCGAAUCUCAAAGCUACUCACACGGAGCGUGCCUGGGUUGCUAUCGGUGUGGGUGAGCAAUUCGGCUUCGCUCCUCAGAAUCUACACAAACUCAAACCCUGGUUCAUCGACUGUUACGAACACGCUCUUAACAACGGUCCUGGCCUGAGCCCCAUGACGGCUUGCUGCCUCGCAUUUCCUUGCAGCGUAUUCGACCACGCAGACGGUUUUAUGAAGCUCACCAAGUUUCUUGCCUUUAAUACGAAUGGCCAUAUAUUCACUCAUAAUCCCAGCAACUUCCAGCACCUCAACAACGACGCCCGCGUUCUCGAUGGUCCGCUGACCAAUGCUCGAGCUCAUAUCCAGUCUACCUUAGACAGGGAGCUGUAUUUUCCAUUAAAGAAGUUACAUAACGCCGAUUGCGAUUGCCGCAAGGAGACUGCCUUCGAUUACCAGGAAGCCCUCAUCGCUCUAGACUGCUGGCCAAUUGACCGAGCUGUCCAGCGCUACCCCAUCAAUGAGAUUACUGCAGAGCUGGAGAAGUUCCGGUUCACUCCUAAGGUGGAGUCCUGUUCCUCUGGUGCCUGCUAUCAUAAUUUCGAGAACUCUGUCAAGAUUGCUAUCAAGAAGACUAUGGCUGCUUUUGACGGCCUUUGCUUGGACUGUAUGGAGCGCAGCCAGUGUGACAAACAACCCGACGACGAUUUCAUCAAGAAGAAUCUACCUUUCCGAGGAUGUUUCGAUAUGAACUGUCGCUUUGGGCACGGACGCACCACUUGGUACUUCUCUUGGAUGGGCUCACUCUCUGUUCGCCGCGAUAUUCUCAACAAGAGCCGUAUGGAGAAGCGCUCAUCAGCAACCACCACAACGCAGGGCCGGCGAGGCGUCCGAAGCGACAAGCGCUCACCUCCCCCAGAAGCCUCAUUCUCUACCAACAAUCCUUCGCGCGAGUCCAACCCCGGAAUUGACCAGGAAGGAGAGGACGAGGAGGAGUACUUCGAUGCGGAGGAUGAUCACACUGCCGCAACAUAGGAGGAAAACCUUCAUAGUUGCGAUAUGGUCACUUUAGGCAUAUCUAGCUGAUUGACCAGGUUUCUGCGAGGAUAUAGAUAACCUGUCUCCGAGCUCCUUUCGAGUCUCUCGACCAAAUUGAAACACAACUCACAAGACUCCGGCAUGACAAAAUCGUUCGUGGAACUGUAAAAUUAUCGUAAUGACUGGUUGUGUCAUCUAAUUGACGUUCACGGGUAUCGCCUAUGGAUAAGUAUACUUAGGCAGUUGAGUCGAUGGUCAAGUUCAAAGUCGGCCAUUCUCAAUGCGUCCAGUGGUGUAUCUCAAGAAGACACUGAUAAAGUACUGAUGUAUUUCAGACAAGCUAUGCAGAGCUUCAUGUCACGCUGUAUAUGCACUUACAAAGUUGCUACCCGCUGUUGUUCCUGGCAUCUACAGCAG